UCUCUCUCUCUCUCUCUCCCCAUCUUUAAUCUCUCUUUCUCUCUCUAACCCUGUUACCUAUAAACCCAUCUUUAGCAUAUCUUUUAUCUCUUAAACCCAUCUUUUUGCACACUUCUCUCUCUCUCUCUCUCUGUACCCUUCAAACUCAUCCUUAACCAUUCUCUCUCAAACCUUCCUCUCUCUUUUUAAUCUCUAUAUAUUCAUCUGUCAUUCCACGUCUCUCUCUCUAGUUUCUCUCCCUGCAAGCUCAUCUACCAUCUCUCUUUCUACUGCAACUACUCCUUACUCUCUCUCUCUCUCUCAAUUACCUUUUAUUGGAACCCAUCUUCUCUCUCUCUCUCUUUCUAUAGAGACGAAUUAGGUUUUCCUUCAAACCCAUCUUGUUAAUCCUUAAAAGCAUCUAUCUGGAAAAAAAUCUCACAAAAUUUUGUCAUCUCUUUGCUUCCCCUCUCUUACUUUGAGUUUUUCAGUCGAGCAUUGGACUGCUUUGUAUUGAUUUGGUCGUUUGAUCAAUUCAGUUUCUUUCACUGUAAGAUCCAUCUUAUCGUCUCUCGACCUUUUGAUUGGAUCACCGGAGGAUUUCACUCAAAGAAUUUAUCUGUGCAAGUUGCGUAGGAUUCCUUGAAAUAUCAGGUCUGGUUUUCUCUCAAUUUUGCAUUCUGAAAAUCUGUAUUUCACAUAAAAGAAAAAGAAAAGUGGGUCACUAUUACAAGAAUUAGGUUUGAAUUCAGGUAUAGAUUUAAUUCUCCCCUUGAUUCAGAGUUUAUAGAAGUUUUCUCAGAUCCUUCAAAAGAUCAUAUAUUCUUUUAUUCUUUUCUUCCCCAUAAAUUUAUUCUCCUGUACAAGAAACUCCUGUGAACGUUUUUGGAGCAAUUUUUAGGGCAUCCAAAAUCUUGGGUUUUCUUGAUACGUAGGGUUUGGAAAGGUUGAACCCCAAAACAAAAGAAACACAAUCCAAUGACUCUGAAUCUUAGUUCCUAUUCGGCUAAUCGGUCGGAUGACAAUAUGAUUUCCUCAUUUUGCUCCGGAAACUGUCAUGUAAUGGAAGGGGGGUUUAUAGAUAAGAACUGUAACAAUAAUACCAGUUUUGGGAGACCCACGAGAUUUAAUUGGGAAACUGGGGGGUUUCACAACCAUUCCUGUGAAUCUCGAGAUGAGAUCCUCGAUAUACUUCCUGCUGAUCCUUUCAAUAUGGACCUUAGAGCCACCUUAGAAUGUGGUGCUCCUUUAAUGGUUGAAAGGGCUAUUUUUGGUAAUGGAGGGGGUUAUAGUGAACCGGGAAAUCUGGUUCUCGAAAAUUAUCAGUUUGUUGCUGGUUUGAACUUGCUCUGGAAUAGUGCCAUGGCAUUCGGAAGCCCCCCUAAUGAGGGGUUUGAAGAAAGUGGAUUCUAUGAAGAUCAUGGGUUCUUCUCCUUUUGGGAUUUGGAGGAGUUAUUGGGUUUUCCUAUAUCUGAAAUUCACGAGUCUGAAGCUCCUGAGAGCUCCAUUGGUCAGGUCAGUCUUGGCCAUGAAACUGAUUUGAUUGGUAAUGUCUUAUUGUCCAGUUUAGUUCCUGAAUCUGUAGAAGAUGCAGAGAGAGAUAAGUUAAAUGUUUCAGGUUGCGAUGUAGUUUUUAGUAAGAGUGAGGGAGAUGGGGCUCCUCAUGAAGCACUGUUAUUCUCUCUACGUUACUUGGGUAUGAAAGAUUUGCUCUCUGUCGAGAGGGUGUCCCAGUCUUUGAAUGCUGCGGUGCGUGGAGAUCCUCUCUUGUGGCGUAGCAUACAUGUAGAUUGGCCCUUGAGUGAUAGGCUCUCUGAUGAAGCUCUAAUUAAGCUUUCAAUGAGGGCUCAAGGGAAUUUGCACUGCUUGAGCUUGGUGGGGUGCACGAGAAUCACUGACGAAGGCUUGAAGCAAGUCCUUGAGAGCAACCCAAGGCUUACGGAGUUAAAUGUUCCUGGAUGUACUAGAUUGAGCAUUGAAGCUAUCAUCGCCAGCUUGAGGGCGUUAAAGGCUCCUGGUUCUCCGGGUAUUAAACGCUUAAGAAUUGGAAGCCUCUAUGGGGUGACCCACCAACACUUCGAAGAGUUAAAGUCCCUUUUGGAUGCUAACAAAACGGGGCAACCUGAACAUCGAAAGCCCCAGUUCUACCCAAGCAGUUACUCUUCCUCUUCUCUGUUGUGUGAUGAUGAGCGUGCCAUAGACAUAGAGACCUGCCCCAUAUGUGAGAAGUUAAGGCUUGUCUAUGAUUGCCCCAUGCAUCACGGCCAAGCAAAGCAGCCAGCAAACCAGGCAUGCAGGGCUUGCACCAUAUGCAUUGCACGGUGUGUGCAAUGUGGGAGAUGCAUAGCUGAUGGUGAGUAUGAGGAAACGUUCUGUCUUGAUUUGCUUUGUUUGGGUUGCUGGCGUAAGGUGCAUCAACACCAAGAGAGAGAGGAAGAAGCAGGAGAAGAGGAAGAUAGUCGCUAAGCAUGCAUAGUGUUUGUCGCUAGGAAUCUAAGUUACCAUUUUUGUCUAUAUUGCUUGACAAUCCUAUUGCUUUGAUGUUGGCUUUCGGAUAUGUGGAUGUAUGGGAUGGAAAAUGGUCAAUAUUUGUUGAUCAAUCAGUUUGGUUGCCUAGCAAGAUGGUAGACCUGAAAAUGAGUCUUUGAAGUUGUUGUUCUCUGGGACUUCCCAUCCCAUUUAAUGUAUUGAAAAAAGCAAAAAAAGUGAAAGGAAAAAGAAAAAAAAAGUGAUGAAGCUGAGGGAGAAACACAGCAUAUUGUGGGAGUUCUUCGAUGAAGGAAAUCAGCUGCAUUUCCUGCUUGUUUCAGCUUUUUGCUAUAGUGAUGACCUACCUGCAAACAAUGUGAGAUGGUGGCCUUCAGAUAGAAUUUUGUAUUUCUCCUAGUUUACUGUUCAAAAAGAAGGAAAAGAAACUAAAAAGAGAUGAGAUGCAGUCAGAGAGAAGCAUAAUAGGUCUCGGGUUUGAUUGGCUUCAGAAUCAUAGCUUGUACACCAUGCAUGGGCUGAACUUCCUAAUGUGUCAGAUACUGGCUAUAGAGAGAUUAGCCCAUAUACCAAAGUGAGAUGGUUUGUCUUGAGUUCAAGUCUUAUUGUUGCUGUAACUUAGUUAUUUAGAAAAGAAGGAAAAGAGAUGAAAGAGCCUACAAGUAUUGACAAUUUUUUGGGGUUUCGAUCGAUUGCAGUUCCAUAGCUUGUAUUAACAUGCAUUGAAAUUCCAAAUGGGGACAUCUUGGCUAUGGAGAUGUACCGCCAGCAGAGUAAGGUUGUGGACUCUAAUUUCAGUCUUGUAUUCCCCAAUUCAUUAUCGAAAGAAAGAAGAGAAGAUUUUAGGAUGAGGAACUAUAGCAAAUACUGAGGUUCUUGAAACCAAUAGGAAAGGGGUUGGCUAGGGUUGAAAUUUCAGAUGGUCAAUCCUGGUUGCCUGUAAAAGAGAUAUGGUGAAGCUCUUUUGUUUGGCCCCCCUUUCUGUUUUGGGUCUACUUUUGUCCGAUUUUAUAAUAUGCAAAAGAAAGAUGCAAUAAUAGAAAAUAAGGAUGGUGGGAACCAUAAUAAAUGAAGGGUCUAUGAAUUUGAACCUGAUAGUGUUGCAAGUUGUCUAGCAUGCAUGAAUUGAAACUUUGUGUUAAUCGGUCAGACUGGGGUGCAGAUUCUGGGCUUAAAAUUAAAUUGGUUAAAGAGAACUGGUGAUUCUAAGCUUUGGGUGGUCGGUUGUCCAUUACAUUGCAUCAACGAGAAGAAUAUUGUGCCUGGCAGUUUGUGGCCCUGUGGUCUAAAGUUGUCCAUGGUUGACCCAGACACUGAAGAUUGAGAAUGAAAAGCAUGUCCUUUUCCAUCUGAAGACCAUUAUUGUUAGUUUGAAGCUGCAUUUUGAGUGCUGGAGUUGGAUCUUACUCUGAGCUUCUAGUUGAUUUCGAUCCAACACCUGGCGUACUCCACAAAGGCUUAAGGUUUGAUGAUCUUGUGUACAGCGAAUCCUCUUGGUAUGGUCAUUUGCCGGGCUCAUGCCUUACAGGCUUGAGGUUUGAUCAUGUGUGUAGGGAGUCCUUUUGGUUUUGGUCAUUUACACCGUUUUUAAUGAUCUGCUGUCAUAAAACACUUGAGCACCCGAGAAUAAAGAAAAAAUUUGGGUCACGAUUUCAGUUC